AUGUUUUGCAUCCGAAGUCUUGGGCAGUUGUGGUAUAAUACAAGUUAUCAUACUGCGAUUGGUACUACUCUCUUUAAAGUGGUUUAUGGUCGAGAAGCACCAGAUUUGUUGAGAUUUGAGGAAGGCUCAACUGCUAAUUUUGAAUUGGAGACUAUGCUGAAGGAGAGAGAUGCGAUUUUAGCUGAGCUUAAGGAGCAGUUGGUGGUUGCUCAAGCUAGAAUGAAAAACAAUGCGGAUAAACAUAGAAGAGAGUUGGACUUUACAGUUGGGGACAUGGUCUUUCUCAAACUCAAACCAUAUCGCCAACACUCGGUGGCUAAACGUCUUUAUCAGAAGUUGGCUGCGAGAUAUUAUGGUCCCUUUGAAGUCUUGGACAGGAUUGGAGCAGUGGCAUAUCAACUGAAGUUGCCUGCGGGUUCUAAAAUUCACUCGGUUUUCCAUGUGUCUCAACUCAAACCAGUUUUAGGCAUUGGUCAUCAAGUGUCUGCCUUGCCAACGCAUUUCACAGAAGAGAAGGAUUUGUUGGUUGAGCCGCGAGAGGUAAUGGAGACUCGUUAUGAUAAUGAUGGUCAUCUCGAAGCAUUGGUUUGCUGGACUAAUUUGGAAGAUCACGAACGUUCUUGGGUACGAGUUUCUGAGUUGCUGCGACAGUUUCCACAUUUGUCGCUUGAGGACAAGCUUCGUUGUACAGGGUAUUGA